ACUAUUAAAUUUUUUUUUUCUUGUAGAAAAAAAUGCAUAAUGUAAAUCAUGCCUAACAAAUCAGCUUUACAACGAAAGAAGUUCACUGGAUGCAAAACAACCAACGUGCAAUCAGGCUAUGUGGGUGAAGUAAAGAAAAACUUGAGAGAAGGUUAUGGUGUAUAUACAUACCCAAACAGUUUUUUCCGCUAUGAAGGAGAAUGGCAUGAGGGAGUUAAAGAUGGUUUUGGAAAGUUGAAAAUGAGAGAUGGCAGUUUCUACGAAGGUCAGUUUAUCAACGGCGAAAUUGACGGUACCGGCAUUCGGUACUGGGCUCACACUGACAACACCUACGAGGGUCAGUUUGAGAACGGUGAAAUGUGUGGAAUGGGAGUGAUGAGUUUUGGUGAUGGAAGUCUCUACGAAGGAGCGUGGCUAAAUAACAAAAUGGAAGGGGAAGGUGUGUUGAAAGGAACAGAUGGUAGUAGCUAUGUUGGUGCGUUUCAUUUGCACAAAAAACACGGCGAAGGGAAGCAAACCUACAGCGAUACCUCAGAAUACGAAGGAGGGUGGAUAAAUGGUAUGAGACAUGGCCACGGUGUCAUGGAAUUUCAUGAUGGUUCUGUUUAUAAGGGUCAAUGGAGAGCGGAUCAAAUGAACGGUGAAGGAGCAAUCGUUCACCAAUCAGGUGUAACUUAUGAGGGAAUGUGGAUUAACAAUCGUCCAGCAUUGGAGCCAGUAGAAUUGCGCAUUGUUGGUGAUAAAAGUCUCACUUUCGACCAGAACGAGGUUGUGUUUUCGCUUGAAGUUGAGUGUCGAACGGCGGAUGAUGAAGUCACCACAGAAAAUGGUCGGAUGUUUAGAGUGACUGCGGGUGUUCGAAUUCAUGACAACACUUCACCAACAAAAAUUUCCUCUUCGAAGGCCCUCAUCACACCUUUAUCACCCUCCAGCGCACCUGUUGAAAGUCGAACGACGCCCUUUGGAUUUGUUAUUGAGCCAUAUCCCAUUUGUUGCAAAGAAGAGAAAUCUUCCGUUGAAGAAAUAUUAGAAGAAACCCAGGAGGAGCGUGUUAGUAGCAACACUUCACCGUUUGUGCAAGCUGACGAUCAGGAAAGCGAGACACGCGAAACACUGGUAAACGAAGACAAUCCCGAACGAUACGAACAGGAUUUGUCCGAUAGUGAAACGCCAUCCGCAGAUUUCCCUUCUGUACAACCGCAAACGACAGUGAACGGAAGCACCAAAUUCAUCAACCUGAUGUUACCAGCGAUACCGAAUCUGUUAACGAAAAGUUCCAUCUGUUUCACGCCUGAAAGUAAGGACAGUCAUAAUGCCGUCAGGAGUCGGAAAGGCGCCGAAAGUGCGGUUCUGAAAGCAGAAAACAAAAAGAAAUUGGAACUGGAGAAGGUGGACGUUCGAGAGAACAGUGCAACUGCCAAACGCAAAAAGAGGCAAAAUAAAGUGGAAGAGAAGAUGAAUAAAACUUUAAACGAAGUGUACUGCAAACCAGGAGAAUAUGUCGUUAUAGUUGAAGAUGUCACCAGUCCGCCCUUCCUGGAUGUGACGUUAGACCCUGUUUACAUUUACGUGGACGUUCAAUCGACCGUGACACUAAGUAAAAGUAAAAUCGAUAAACGAUAAAAUUGUUGUUGAUACUAAGAACUGAUACUAAGUUGAUACUAAGAACAAAUAAGUACCAAUCUCGUUUCCAAUCCCCCCUAUUUAGUUUAUUUUAAAGAAAAGAGAGAUUGAAACUAGAAUCAGAGGCUCUGUUGUUUUUUGGCAAGUUCCAUUCUUACAAACGAAUCCUUCCCUUUAGAAGUAAAACUUCUGAAAAACGAUGAUGGUUUUUGAUAAAUGUCUUGGUAGAUGAAAGUUGUACCUAUAGUUAUAUAUGAUCGUAUUUUUAUAUGUAUAUAUAUUGUUUAAAUUAUUUUUCUUACAGUAAUAUAUUACUUUGCUCUUGAAAUAA